CGUCCCGCAGCAGCGCCGCGCCCUCUUCUUCCAGCUCCGGUUCCAAGGCUAGCUCUCGGGCCAGUGACAGCCGCACAACCGCCCGUUGGUCACCACCCAAACUCCACUCGCCACCGGCGCCCACCAACAUGCCCGCGCACGCGCUGCUCACCGUGCCGCACGCGACCGCCGGCCCGCGACUGGCCGCACCGCUUUUCACCCCGGCCGCGACCGGGCCGAGCCUCUGCCGCGCGAACUGCCGGCCCGGCUCCCUCACCAACCAGCAGCAACGGCUGCGCCACCUUCACCCUGCCGCUGCGGCCACCAAGCCCGGAGCCAUAGGGAGCGCCGCGGAGGCUGCUGCGGCGCCGGCGGAGGGGCUCGUGAGGUCGCUGCAGGGGGUGGAGGUGUUCGACCUGAACGGGAAGGCGCUGCCCGUCGCUGAUCUGUGGAAGGAUAGGAAGGCCGUGGUUGCGUUCGCCCGCCAUUUCGGGUGUGUGCUAUGCCGAAAGAGGGCCGACCUUCUGGCGGCUAAGCAGGAGGCAAUGGAGGCUGCAGGAGUUUCUCCUGUUUUAAUCGGACCAGGUACUGUUGAACAGGCAAAGGCGUUUUCUGAUCAAACAAAAUUCAAAGGAGAAGUAUAUGCCGAUCCAGAUUACUCAUCAUAUAAGGCUCUGGAAUUUGCCAAUGGCUUAUUCUCAACAUUCACUCCAUCGGCGGGUCUGAAGAUUAUACAACUGUACAGGGAAGGAUACAGGCAGGACUGGGAACUAUCAUUUGAAAAGAACACCAGGACAAAAGGCGGAUGGUAUCAAGGGGGGCUCCUUGUUGCAGGCCCAGGCAUCGACAACAUCUCCUACAUCCACAAGGACAAAGAAGCUGGAGAUGACCCUGAAAUGGAGGAUGUUUUGACAGCUUGUUGUUCCUAGAUCUUUAGCGUUGCUUUGAUCUCAGAUUAGAAACAAAAAUAGUACUCCUUUAGUAUCCCCACUGUGGCAUGUUCUCGUGUAUAGUCGUACUAGUCGAGUGCAUAGAUGACCAGUCCAGCAUCACUUGUCCAGCGCCGGCAAAAACAAGAUAUGUUCAUAUGAACUAGGGAGCAUAGCGAGCGCAAUGCUUUGGUUGUACUCCCUCCGCCCGAAAAUACUUGUCAUUAAAAUGGAUGAAAAAAGAUGUAUCUAAAAUUAAAAUACGUCUAGAUACAUCUCCUUUUAUCCAUUUUGAUGACAAGUAUUUCCGGAUGGAGGGAGUAUUUGUAUAAACCCUCGUAAACCUACUGCAUUAGCUUAUAAAAAUAUGAUGCUUAUUGCA